UCGCGCCUUGCAAAUGCUUCUGAUUUUCCUAGCUCAAAGUUAUAAAAAUAAAUAGUAAGCAUCACGUUUGUGUUAGAAGCUUGAAUUAGCAUAACUAGGUGUGCUAUAUGGCUAACGAACAGCCAUGUCCAUGUAGUCAUAUCUAAUGCAGUGAGUAGCGGCGGUGUUAUUCGCUUUAAUGUACAUUUACUUCAAGUUAACUGAGUAUUUUUUUGGACUGCUUACCGAUCAAACAUGGCUGUAUGAAAACAUGAAACAAUACGAUGUGUAACCAUGCUUUAUACAAACUACUAUCGUGUAUAAUGUCUUUGAAAUGAAAGCUCACCGGUGUAACUGAGUGGUUACCAAUGGAGACAGGGGACGCCUAAUCAGAUUUAGCUAAGCUAGUUAGCUAGCUACAAUAACAUUAACGCUACAAGGAGAGAUUCAACAUGGCUACAAAACUGAAGGGCAAACCAUCCAAAAGUUCUUUUGGAGAUGAAGAUUUGCUUGACGGCUUAUUUGAUGAUGAAAAAGUCCCAGUAAGGGGGAAAUCAACCCGCAGUGGGCCACUGAAUCGCGCUUCUGCCACUGAUAACAUCUUCAGUAUGCGAGCAGAGGAGGUGAAGAGGGAUGGUGCGGACACUGAAGACUCUGACGUCUCAGCAGCAGAUCCCAAUGACAUACUAAAGGACAUGAAGGACAUGGAUGACAUGGAUGCUGAUCUUUUUGCACCAAAGAAAAAGCCCAGUUCAGCCCCUGCACAAUUAAAGCCAUUUGGUAAUGAAGGGCCAAAGAAAGACUCAUCAACGAUAGAGAGUAAAGCAAAGCCACGGGGAGCAGAUGAACCCAGCACAGGAGGGAGGAAGCCUAACUCUGCACCUGCGUCCACAGCACAUAACUACAAGAAGUUAACUUUCUCCGAUGUUGACGACCCCCUGGCGGAUCUACUUGAUGACUUGCUUCCAGAUGAAACCAAGCCGGAGCCUACAUCCAGCAAACAGAAAGCCAAACCAGAAAAAGCAACGCCAUCUCUAUCAGCGUCUCCUAUCCUAAAGAAUCCAACACCUAAGGCAGCAACUAAACAAAGUCAUCUUUCAUUUGAUGACGAAAAGGACGAUCUAAUGGACGCACUGGGAUUUGACAGUGAUAAUAAAAACCCUCCGAAGAAAAAGGAGGCUACGCUUUGGUCCAACAAGGAAAGGAGCGAGACCCCUCAGAGACCUCGUACCAAACUAGAUGAAAUACUGGAGAGUUUGACUUCCCCUCGUCUUCUUGAGAGACCUCCGACAGGCGAGAAGAAAGAACAAACUCCAGAGAAGCAGGAUAAGACGUUUACCUUGAAAGAAACACUUCCAGAAGAGGACUUCACUUUUGGCUCCUAUCAGCCAACACUGGGAGCCACGCCUGAGACCCGCCAGUCCCGCAGACACUCUGUCAGAUUCUCCACAGAAGAUGUCAGUCCCUCUACCCCGGAAAAGAAACCAAAACCCUCCACCCCCAUCUCCACACGGCACCGCGCAUCGGCUGACUGGCUUGGCCUGAAGACAAAUGACGAGCAUAACUUCCCAGAGGAUGACGCCAAAGACACUCCAACAGACUCUCCAAAACGUCCCUCCUCUCCUUUAUUAGAGAAAAGACACUCUCUGACUGGUAGUAAUUUCACAUCGGCUGUAAAAGUGGCAGCAGAAACUCCUACUGUACCUGCUGCUAUCACUAAACACACCCAGCCAAGCCAGCAGAGAGAGGAGGAGCAAGAUGACUGGUUAGCAGGAGCUCUGAGCAGGAAAAAGAGUCUGUCGGUGACACACUCUGAGGCAAAGACAUCUAAACAGGAAGAGUCUUCAGGCCUGGGAGAAGAUUUUGAGUCGACUGUGAGUAAACCAGUGGCUUCACAGGCUCCCAGGAGCAGGGAGGACACUCUUACAUCUCUCACGGAAGUAAGCAGCACUUGUCUCGGACAGCCGAGCCCCAACGCUCACUCCACUCCUGUCAGAGAGACGAGGACCAGGCAAGAUACCAUCCCUUCUUACACCGUAACUCCACCACAAUCCCCGUCUGUUAUUCCAGAAUAUGCACCAACCAACAGCCCUCCGCUCCCCUCCAUCCUGACACCCUCCUCACCUGCUGUCCAUGUUAAUGUGGAACUCCAACAAACUCUAAAUUCCUCUCCUCCCUCAGAUUGCCCUCCUCAGUUACCUCGCCCUCUGCCAGUCUCUACUGCUAGCAUUAGCCACACCCAGCCUCACCCCCAACCCCACCACCUACCGCCCCCUAAGGGAUCCGGGAUCCUAAGAGGCCCCAGUCAGGCUGCUGCGGAUGAAACCCCGCUACAGCUGCCCCUGCUCCAGCCUGCCUCUGCUACACCGCCUGGCUCUAUGUGGUCUGUUCAGCAGCCAAGCCAAAUGCAGAAUACAUCAACUGCUGUCCAACAACAGGUGCCACUCUCAGCUGACUUUCUGCAGCAGCUGCUUCUACAACAGCAGAUGAUGCAGUCUCAGUUGCUGGGUCUCGGGGGUGUCAAAGUCAGAGAGCAGCCACCCGGAGAUAAUCAAGCUUUACAGGCUCGCGUCAUCGAGCUGGAAGGACAGGUGAAGACUCUGCAGCUGGAGCGGGAGCAAAGCCAAAUGGUGCUAGCGAGGGUCCAGCAGCGCCAUAAACAGGAUAUGGAACUCAUGGAAAACACAAACAAGGCUCGCGUGAAGCUGCUCGAGGAAUCGGCAGCCCAGAGGGAGACACAAGCGCGACAGGAGUGUGAAGACCUAAUGGAACGUCUGGCAGCAGCGACGCGAUCGGCCGAGCAGGAACGCUCGGAGCUGCAGGCUCAGUACCAGCGCAAACUGACCCAGGCCCAGCAGGACAGAGACCGCGAGGUGGAGAGACUCCGAGACCUCCAGAGGAAAUCUAUCUUGGAGAUGAAGAAGGACCACGAAGACCAGGUCAAGAGACUGAAGAAACUAAAGGACGAGGAGAUUGAUGCUGUAACAAGCGCAACAUCACAGACCAGGUCUCUCACGGGAGUGAUUGAGCAGAUGGAGCAGUUCUCCUCUCGGCUGGGGGAUCUCUCUUCUCGGGUGGAGAGCACACAUGAACACACGGCGCAGGGCCUGGAGCAGGGGGCACGGCACAGAGACGAGCAGCUUCGAAUGAUGCAGGAGCGUCUGGCCCAGCAGCAGAAGGCCAUGGCGGAGGAGAGAACGUACCUGAAGGACAUCAUCUCCAGGAUGGACACUCAGCUCAAUGAGCAGCAGAGACAACUUGAGAAGGACCGCUGGAAGAUGACAGCAGAGCAGGCCAAGGCAGAGUCUACCCAGAGAGGCCUGGAGGGAGAGCGGCACGCCCUCAGCUUGCAGAUCAACAUGGAAAGAGAGGAGAUGGAGAGAGCUAAGAGUGCACUCCUGGAGGAGCAGAAGACCGUGAUGCAGCAUUGUGCGGAGGAGAGGAGGAAGCUGGCUGCUGACUGGGCCCACUUCCACGCUCUGGAGAAGCAGAGGCACGAAAGGGCCGAACGGGAGGUCAGCAGUCUGUUGGAGAAGAGGGAGGGCUCCAUCAUCGGUCUGGCACAGGAACAAGCUGACUUAAAGCUUCACACCGCAGAGCUGAAGCAGAAGCAGAUGGCUGUGGCACAGGAGAGAGAGACUCUGGAAAGACUGAGAGAAGACCUGGACAGCGAGAAAGACAGAAUCAGCAGCACAGCGCUGAGACUCAAGACCAGAGCCCAGGAGGUGGAGGCCUUCAGCAAGCUUGCAGCAGAAAAGUUUGAGGAAGGAGAACGAGCAUUGCAGGAGGCCAAACGAGUGGAGAGUGACCACGAGGCGAGACUCAGAAGUAUCCAUAUGCAGACAGAGCAGCUGAGGCAGCAAGAACAGCGAAUCCUUCAGGAGCGAAUGCGGUUAAGUCAUCUGCAGAAGGACACCGAGAUUCUGAGACAAGACGCUCCUAUUAGUUCUUUAGCACAUAUUCCUCCCAUCCUACCAGAUUCAGUGUUGCCAAACCCGGAGCGGACAUCUACCCUGAACUUUCAACCUCCUACUUCGUUGGCCAACUCUCAGUCCAUGGCCCUUCAGGCCAGUCUGGCUCUGUGGAAGUAUACUUCAGAAAAGGACCGGGAAUACCUCCAAGAGGAGCAGGUGUUCUUGGAGAAUUUAAAGAAGAAAUCUUACAGAUCGCCCUUCAACACAGAUUGACCAAUACAUGCUGGGCCCCUCCCAGUAAGAUCCAUGUUACAUUUUAUGUGUACUUUAAUGUUUUAUACAAACAAUUUUAUUAAACACAUUUUUGAGCAAACGUGGUUUUUUUUCUACACCAACAAAGCUAAGGCGCCUUCUGGAUGAAUCCCGAGCCGUGUCAGCUUCCCCAUUAUU